AGAUUUUAAAGUUGUAAACUUAAAAUUUUGAGUUUUUGAAGUUUGUUUGGACAUGCAUUUUAUUUGAAAAAAAUUCAAUUUGAAGUUUUACGAGUGGAAGUCAACAAAGUCCGAAAACUGGUUUGAGCUAGUUUUUGGGAACUUGAAAAUAUUUGAAGUAAUAUGAUGAAAUUUCACGGUCAGACAAAUAUUUGAAGAUAAAAUUUUAAAUCUACUCUCAAAAUCUAUGGCCAAAUGCGAGCUUAUGUUUAGGACUUUUUACUUCUCAUUUUUUGGUAAUUGAGCUAUAGAAAAGUGUGAAGCCUUGACAACUUAUGAGGGCAUAUUGUUUCCUGUUUUUCUUGUCUUUUUUAAUGUUUUUUCAAAGUUCCAUGCUUUAUGUCUUCAUAACUUCAUUGUCUUUUUAUUGAUGAAUGAGUCCAUAAUUUCUAUCAAUUUGACUUGUAUAAAUAGAGAUAGUUGAUAUGAAGUUUAAGAAAAUAUCUUGUAGUCUUAAAUCAAAAAGAGAUGUCAAAUGUACCAAAAUAUUCUUUAAUCUUCUGAUCAUAAACAUGUCAUGUGGAAAGAUAGAAUUAGAGAGCUGCCAAAACAAGGAAAGAGACUUUUUUUUUUGAAACGGACUAAAAAGGAAAGUAAGACAAACAAAUGAAACCGAGGGAGUAUAAUAUUCAUAGCUCACAUGCAAUUCCCUUUAAACAAUGAUUUGGUUGAUUAGUCUGGUUUCUAUACUUGCUGGCAUUUCCAUCUUCUUAUGUACUUUUAAAUAAACAAUUGCAUUAAGUAAUAUUUUCUUCUUCUUCUUCUUUUGUUUAGCUGUUUUUUCAGUUGACUGCAUUGACAUUUGACCAAGGACACAGAGAGCUUAGUUAUCUCCAUUAAGUCCAAAAGCACCUUUCUUGCAUUGCUGGAAUCUUGUCAUUUCAACAUUGUUUUGCUUUGCUUGAUCAUAAAUCUGAUCUGUGAGAUCCAUUUUAUUAGCUUUGCUGUCAAUCAGAUGGUCGCUUUGUCAGUCUGAGCAAAAUGGGGGGUUGUGUGUCGACGAGCAGUAGUACUUGUAGUAGCAGGAGCAAUGGAGAAAAAGUUUCACCUGAAUGUUUAGGAAUAAGCAUGUUUAGCCGAAAAAGGAGUAGAAGAACUUUUUCUGAUCAUGUCAUUGCAUUGAAGCAUCUGAGUUCAAUUCCCAAUCGGAUCUUUACUAAUGGCAAGAGCCGCACUUCUUGCAUAUACACACAACAAGGACGUAAAGGCAUUAACCAGGAUGCGAUGAUUGUGUGGGAAGAUUUCAUGGCGGAAGAUGUGACCUUUUGUGGGGUAUUUGAUGGCCAUGGUCCACAUGGUCAUCUUGUUGCUCGCAAAGUAAGGGAUGCACUGCCCCUGAAGUUAAUGUCCUUUUUGCAGUCAGUUGAAUCAAAGGGCAAUGGUUCUGCUGCCGAUUGCUGCAAUGAGAAUCCAGGAUCGGAAGUUGUGGAUCCUGAUAAGGAUCAAGUGAACACGGAUAAAGUGGACACUCAGCGGAGAGAAGCUUUUCUUCAAUCGUAUAAGGCGAUGGACAAAGAAUUGAGGUCCCAACCUAAUUUAGAUUGCUUUUGCAGUGGUAGCACUGCUAUUACUCUAGUAAAACAGGGUUCAAACCUUUAUAUGGGCUAUAUUGGUGAUUCACGGGCAAUCUUGGCAUCAAAGGAUGACAAUGAUUCGAUGGUCGCAGUCCAGUUGACUGUUGAUCUGAAGCCUGAUUUACCUAAGGAAGCUGAGAGGAUAAAACAGUGUAAAGGUCGGGUUUUUGCAUUGCAAGAUGAGCCAGAAGUGCAGAGAGUUUGGUUGCCAUUUGAUAAUGCCCCUGGAUUAGCAAUGGCUCGAGCAUUUGGCGAUUUUUGUGUGAAGGACUAUGGGGUAAUAUCUGUACCAGAAUUUUCUCACCGGGUUCUUACAGAGAGGGACAAGUUCAUUGUUCUUGCUUCUGACGGGGUUUGGGAUGUCUUGAGCAACGAGGAAGUGGUCGAAAUAGUGUCAUCAGCGCCUACACGAUCAUCAGCUGCCAGAAUCCUAGUUGACUGUGCUGCACGCGAAUGGAAAAUCAAAUAUCCGACUUCAAAAAUGGAUGAUUGUGCUGUUGUUUGCUUAUUCUUGGAUGGAAAGAUGGACUUGGAAUCUGACAAUGAGGAGGAGCAAUGUCUCUCAUCUGCUGCACUUCAGAGUAACCAUUCUGGUAUUGCUGCUGAAUCGGAUGACGGGCACAACUCCGAGCCAUCUCUACAGAGAAACACUACUGUCAGAUCAGCUGAAGAGAACGAUAUCUAUAAACGAGCAGUAGCUGAAGCAGAUCAAGAAACCGCAAUGACAGAAGAUCAGAAAUGGUCAGGAUUGGAAGGCGUUACGCGAGUCAACUCUCUGGUUCAGCUUCCAAGAUUUUCCGAUGAGAGGCAAGGACCUUAACUUUGUGUUAUUCAAUUAUGAUUGUUGUUAUAUACAAAUUCUUUCGUCUCAAAGUGUCGAUAGAGAAAGUAGCAUUGGUUCCAUCCUCUACAUUCCAUGCAAAUAUAUUCUUGCUGCAACAUUCUAGACAUAGAGGAUUCAUAUAGCUGACGCCAACUUAUUUGGGAUUGAGGCGUUGUUGUUGUAUUCUAGACCGUGUAUAUGUCCACCCUCCUCCAACUCUUGGUCUGAUAGAGAUCACUUUCAUA